AUGAAAGUGGCGUCUGCGAGCUCUAUCACUUCAAUCGGCAAGUCUCUUCUAACCGGUCAGUCUGUUCCAAAGCACGAAAGAAGUCUGAAAGCCGCCUUUGAGUUCUCGUUUAGGGACGAGCCCACGUGCACUUGCAAGUCAAAGCCGCGGCCGUGCAUUUUCAUCCACGGUCUGGGUGUGAAGCAGGAGGUGGCGGAGAACCAAGACUGGUUCUCGUACUGGGGCGAGUCCAUCAAGGGCCACACGCCGUGCUGCUCUUCAGUGAAAUUUGCCCAAUUGAACACGGUAAACAACACCUGGACUAGCAACACUCAGCAGCGUAAAGUCUGUGAACGCGCGCUCGCAGUGAGCAACUCAAGCACGAAGGCUGCGAUUAAGGACACGAUCGUCGUCACGCACUCCAUGGGGAACCUCAUGUUCGCCGGAGCGCUGGCGACUGGGAAAUGCAGCUUGCACUCAAGCUCGACGUGGGUUGGAAUGGCUGGACCGAUGAUCAGAAGUAUGGCCUCGGACUUUGUCCAAGAGUCUUGUGCUGGCGAGACGAACAAACUUUGGGAAGAGGUCGGGGAUAUUACUGGUCGCUGCCCCCCGAACACGGGGUUGAAGUCGCUGGCGUACCAGCACGGCAGCCACAGCUCCAAAGCAGCCUAUGCAACCGCUCAGAAGGUUUAUCGCGAGAAAACUUACGCUCUUAUGUGCGGACGAGCGUAUUCGGGCCUGACGUCCAAGUACCAGGCCAAAUUUUGGGUUUUGGGCCACACGAUCCCCCACAAAUCCAAGAAAAAUGACGGCAUGGUGGAGUUCCAGAGCUGCGCGCCUGGAAUUCCAGAGUCAAAGUUCAGCACCAACUAUCGCAACAGAUUCUACGUGACGAGGUUGAACCAUUAUGAUAUGCAGUUCUUGGCGGGAGAUGGCAUGCUGGACGAGGCCAAGAUGCCGGUCAAAUGGUUCGAAUAUUUACUGUAG